UCUCUCUACAACAUGGAUUCCAAAUGUUUGUUAGUCAUGCUGUUGUGGUGUGUUCUGCUACAGCUGAAGCCCACCGUGGAGGCGCAGAAGCUCGAGCUCAUAUACCACAACGGAACUCUCCUCAAGGGUAGUUUCACCGUUAAUAUUUUAUGGUACGGGAAUUUCACCCAUAUCCAACGCUCCAUAAUUGUUGACUUCGUUAAUUCCUUGAACUCCGCCACAUGGUCCCAAGCACCCUCCGUUAAAUCUUGGUGGAAGACGACGGAGGAGUACAAGGGCGGCUCCACAACGCUGUCCGUAGGUAAGCAAAUCAUGGAGCCAUACUCUCUCGGGAAGCACAUCAACGAAAAACAACUAUACGGCCUCGCAUCACGCUUCAAGGACGUCCGAGCAAUCAACCUUGUUCUCACCGCAUAAGACGUCGCGGUGGACAGCUUCUGCAGUGGCCGCUGUGGAACCCACAACUCCAUUGACGGGAAAAUCCCCUACGUAUGGGUCGGCAACUCCGAGACCCAGUGUCCGGGCCAAUGCGCCUGGCCCUUCCACAAGCCCAUUUUCGGACCACAGACGCCGCCGUUAGUUGCACCUAACGGUGACGUGGGCGUCGACGGCAUGAUCAUAAACAUUGCAACUCUGUUGGCUGGAACCGUGACCAACCCCUUUAACGGUGGAUAUUAUCAGGGUCCCCCGACGUUGCCGUUGGAAGCCGUUUCGGCUUGCGUGGGGAUUUUCGGGAGAGGGGCGUUUCCGGGUUACCCGGGCAAGGUUCUGGUGGACCGGGCGACGGGAGCGAGCUAUAAUGCGCAGGGCCGUAACGACAGGAAGUUUCUCUUGCCGGCGAUGUGGGACCCAGCGACCUUCCAAUGCAAGCCUUUGGUCUGAACGAAGACUUGAGUCAACGAAUCUUAAGCUGGUGUUUUGGUGUUAAGUGUUUCGUGUAAAUUCCUUUCUGCAUGGUCAAUCAUUGAAAUACGUGAAACAAUCAGAUAAAGGAAAAACAUUUUUAUUUA